GUUUAUUAUUCCACGGUGUAAGUGUAAAAUUGUAAUUACUUACUAUUGCUAUUGUUGAGCCGGAUAAAUUACUUUAUUGACAAAAGUGACACAGUAAAACGUUAAUAUGCGAUUGACAGCUUUUUUAUGUUUCGGUAAACGGCCUCAUGGAAUAAAAUACAGAGGAAAAUAUCGGCAGAUAAAACCAAUCACCAAUUUUGAUUUGCUGACAAUGAGACAUGAUUUCGAUAGAACAGAAAAGAAUAUGUUCUAUUUGCGCCAUCCAUACUUAACAGUUGAACAAUCUUUUGGCCAUUCAAAAUCUCCAGCUGAAAAAUAUUCAAAGUUCCUAAAGAAAAUACUACAUAAUAGAAAUCAAGAUUUUGAAAAACAUACAACGUUAGCUGAAGUUUUAGCUCCUUUGAAGGUUUCAGAAGCUUGGGAUUAAAAAGUCAUGAUUUGUUAUAUAUUUCUUAGUGUUAUGUGUAAACUUUAAAAAUAAUAUUAAAAAGUCAUUUUAACAUUU